ACAGAUAAAUUGAACUCGGCGCUCUCUGCUUCUCCAUCUCUCGCUCACUCUUCUCAACUCUCUCUCUCCCAACUCCAAUGGCUCGAAUAUCACUAUGCAAUCAGCUAAUCCCUUCCCUCCUUGUUCCAAUGAAGCAGAGGAACCACCAUCAGCUCAUGGGAGUCAUAGGCUUAACCAGAGGGCGCCGCUUCUCUGCUUCUUCCUCACCCAAGAUUAGCAUGAGCCUCAAAGCCGGCAUCGUCGGCCUCCCUAACGUCGGAAAGUCCACGCUUUUCAACGCCGUCGUUGAGAAUGGGAAGGCUCAAGCUGCCAAUUUUCCGUUUUGUACGAUAGAGCCAAAUGUAGGGAUUGUUGCAGUUCCGGAUCCACGCCUGAAUGUACUUUCUGAUCUCAGCAAGUCUCAGCGCGUAGUCCCGGCAUCUUUGGAGCUUGUGGAUAUUGCUGGCCUUGUGAAGGGUGCUAGUCAAGGAGAGGGGUUGGGGAAUAAAUUCUUGUCAAAUAUUCGCGAGGUGGACUCCAUACUUCAGGUAGUUCGAUGUUUUGAAGAUAAUGAUGUUGUUCACGUGAAUGGGAAAGUUGAUCCUAAGGAUGAUAUUGAUGUUAUCAACUUAGAGCUGAUUUUCUCAGAUCUGGACCAGAUUGAGAAAAGAAUGGAGAAGCUCAAGAAAAGCAAAACAAAAGAUUCACAAUCCAAACUUAAGGAGGAAUCAGAAAGGUCUGGCUUGGAGAGAAUUCAGCAGGCACUCAUGGAUGGGAAACCAGCACGAUCUGUCACUUUAACAGAUUCAGAAAAUGAAUCUAUAAAGCAUCUGUGCUUGCUUACAAUGAAACCUGUUAUCUAUGUUGCUAAUGUUGCUGAAUCUGAUCUAGCUGAACCUGGAGAGAAUCCUCAUGUCAAAGAAGUGAUGAAUCUUGCUUCUGAGUUGCAAUGUGGACUAGUAACAAUUUCAGCACAGGUUGAGUCUGAACUUACUGAACUACCAUCUGAAGAAAGAACAGAAUUUUUGGAAUCUCUUGGUGUUAGUGAAAGUGGUCUCGGAAACCUUAUCAGAACAACAUAUGGUGUUUUGGGGCUCCGUACUUACUUUACUUCAGGAGAGAAGGAAACAAAAGCAUGGACAAUUCUUGCAGGAAUGACUGCACCUCAAGCAGCUGGGGUCAUCCACUCUGACUUUGAGAAAGGUUUCAUUCGAGCUGAGACAGUGUCUUAUGAUGAUUUUGUUGCUGCUGGUUCACUUGCUGCAGCAAGGGAAAGAGGAGUUUUAAGAUCUGAGGGUAAAGAAUACAUCGUACAAGAAGGAGAUGUGAUGCUGUUUCGGUUUAACGUAUGACCACUCAUGGGAAGCAGCUUAUUUCAAGUCGUGGAGACAAUUGGAUGUAGCUCAGUUCAUAAGAUGAAUUGUGAUUUACAUGCAAGUCCUGAAUUCAGUAAGAUGAAGUAUGCAAGUCCUGAGGUUGGUAGGAUACCAUAGGAUAAAGUAUUUGUAAGCUGAGAAGACCAUAAAUUUUGCUUGUAGAGUAGAUAGCUCAGUUGACUGUUCACAUUAUUGAGUUUUUGAUAUCCAACAUACUGAAGAAAGACGGGAUUUUGGAAGGUAAUUAAAA